UGAGUGGUCUCUUCUGCCGAUUUAUCCUUUGUGAUGAGUGAUAGCUAGUGGAGACAAGGGAUAAGGUUCUGGAUUGUUUCAUUUUCUCAACGUUUUGGCCGUGAAUAUAUUAACUGCCGCGGUGUUUCGCCAAGGAAAUUUGUAAAUGGUGUAAACUGAAGAAUUUCGAGAUUUAACGGAUUGAUAUUGCAAAAAGUUCGUAACGCAUCAUGUCUGAUACAGAAAAGAAUAUACCAGAAGGUUGGGAAGUGCGCAAAAGUCGUUCAACCGGAUUGACAUAUUAUUUAAAUAUUUAUACAAAGGAGUCUCAAUGGGAUUUGCCGACUGAACCAGCAAAAAAGGAAUCAUUGGGACCAAGUGAAGUGCGUUGCUCCCAUCUCCUCGUGAAACAUAAAGGUAGUCGUCGACCUAGUUCGUGGCGUGAAGAGAAUAUAACACGUUCGAAGGAAGAAGCACGUGCGAUUCUGGAGGACUACCGUAAGCAGAUUGAGUCUGGCGAGACUACGCUUGCAGCUUUGGCAACUAAAUAUUCAGACUGUAGCUCUGCUAAACGUGGGGGUGAUUUAGGGUUAUUUGAUAAAGGUCAGAUGCAAAAAGCGUUUGAAGAUGCAGCAUUUAUUUUAAAGGUUGGACAGAUGUCUAAAAUCGUCGACACAGAUUCCGGACUACACUUAAUUUUGCGAACGGAAUGAAUUGUACUGAUUUUCAUGAUUUAUUUCUAAAUGUUCCUACUAUUUAGGAUUAUUUAAGUAAAAUCAUAUUUGAAAUUAAGAGUGAUUUCACAUUUUAUUUAUCUGUUUGUAAAUGUUAUUUGCUUCCCUAUUACAUCUAUAUCGUUAACAGACAAAUAAUCAUAAAAAUUGUGCAGUACACGUUAAAAUAAAACUCAAAAUGUAAACUUAAAUUUCCA